AAUUAAUUUGCCUAUAUUUUCUAGGGUUAGGCCUCUCUUGAUCUCCACCACCAAUCUACCAGCUCUGUCGCCACCGUAUUCCAGCGGCCGUCGUCGCUUUCCACCUCAUCGUCUUUCCGCUGCCAAAUAGGUAGAGAAAUGACGAGAGGAUUCUUCGUAAAUUUACCGACCGAAAACAAGAUUGAUAUCCUCUCAAGGCUCUCCGCCCGAGACGUUAUUAUUGUGGUUCGGUCUGGUGUGGAGUCUAACUCGUACGAAAUCUUUGAAUUUCAAGACAGCCUUGACCUUGAGCACCAUGAUCUCCGCAACAGUUUGGUCACCAAGGUUGUUUCCCCUCGUGCUGAAGCGCUUCAGGGUUCAGCUAAUGGGUUGGUUUUUAUGACGGGUGACACACCUUGUGAUCUUUAUGUAUGCAACCCUGUAACACGAGACUUUAUCAAGCUUUGUCCGUAUCCUGACUCUCUCGACUCUUCGUCUAAUAUAGUUAUAUUUGGAUUUGGAGUGACCAAAACGACUGGUCAACAUAAGGUGGUUGCGGCUGUCUGUGACUAUGAGUUAGCAGAGAAUCCGUUUAGAUUUACAGUUACCAGAUCUCACUGUGAGGUGUACACGCUUGGGACACGAACAUGGAGGAGUAUCGUACCCGGUGACAAGCUACUGUAUCAUUCGAUGUGGAUAUUUCUUAACGGAAAUCUUCACUGGUUGGUGGUAGAACCAAAAUCCCCAUCACGAAUAUCUUGCUUUGAUCUUGAAACAGAGCAUUUCAGCACGUUCUCUCUCCCAUCCUCCUCUUCUGACAAAAGGAGGGUCUGUUGGGAUCUUGUCGGUUUUGGAGGGUCGUCUAUGCUUAUGUGAUAAUUCAUCCGAAGGAAAAAUCAUUAUCUGGGUGAUGAGGGAAUAUGGGGUGGCGAAGUCUUGGAUAAAGGAAUAUGUCAUCAACAAAGAUGCCAAGCUUUGUGGAGAUGAUGGGCUUGUUUCCCCUAUUAAGGUUUUUAAAAAUGGGGACAUCUUGAUGAAAUGUGAUGAGUCCCUGCUGUUCUACUACAAUGGCAAGACACAAUCUUCGCGGAAGAUCGAGAUGUUUGAUGCUCGUGGUGGAGAUCAAUCUCGUGUAGAUGCGAUUCUUCUCCACACCUCAAGCUUUCUAUCCCUGAGAAGUUUUGGAAUGGAAGACUUAUAUUCGUUCUGACCGCGAAGCUUCUUCUUGUUGGACUGAUUUCCGCAGAACUAUGAGGUUUUAACUUAAUGUAGGUAGUAUAUUUGCUUUAUAUGUUUAUGCUUUAAUAUGCUCAGACUUCGUGCUGCUGCUUGAUGCUUUUUUUGUUACAAUGUAGCAGAUCAACUCUCUAAAACGAGUAUAUACUAAUUUAAGCACGAUACUAUUUUUCAUGAAACGACUUCGUUGCAAUAAGAUGGAAGUUUAUAGUUUUCCUAAAAUUUAUGCAGGUCAGCAGAAGUAAAAUAGAUUUACUGAUAUUGUGAUAAAGUGGAACAUAACAAAGAUAUAAUGCUUGUGGGACAUAAGCUAAAAGACUAAAAGUAGUUUGUUAAAUAUGAUGUGUACACAAAGAUGCUUUAGGAAAGUAGAUGCUUUUUCUUUUGUUUCCACUAACCAAAUUUCGAAAUUAAAUGAUGUCUUCGUCUUCAUCUUCAUCUGAGCUUUCGAAAGAUUCAAGCAACUAAUGGAGACCUCUUCCCCUCCCUUCUCUCUCGCUCUCGUGCUCUUGACAUUAACCAGCGUUACACUGAUCACCUCUUCCUCCCCGUUUUCCAACUCAACUACUGAUCAAGACGCUCUCCUCGCCUUCAAAAACGCUAUCAUUUUGGACUCCGAUUCCAUCCUGAUCAGCAACUGGUCCGCUAACGCUUCCGUCUGUAGCUGGACUGGCGUCUCAUGCAGCCUCGACCACCAAAGGGUCACGGCCCUCAAUUUCUCCGGCUUCCUCCUCCACGGAACCAUCUCUCCACAUCUUGGAAACUUAACGUUCCUUCAGUCUCUGGACAUGAGCUCCAACAAUUUCACAGGCUCCAUACCCUCAGAGCUGUCCAACAUCCAAAGGCUGCAGACUUUGAACUUAGCGAGUAAUCAGCUCGUGGGAGGUCUACCGAGUGGCAUCUUCGCCAACAUGUCUAUGUUGGUGGAGAUCAACCUCAGCUCUAACAAGCUAUCGGGCGAGCUCCCAAGUGAUAUAUGCACUAACACUCCGAAACUCAAGAGAUUAUUUCUGACCGAAAAUAAAAUUGAUGGAAAAAUCCCGAAGAGUAUAUGCAAGUGCGGAGAUAUGGAAGAUUUGGAAAUAUCCUCUAACCAACUCACUGGCAACAUACCGACUGAAAUAGGGAACUUGACGAAGCUUACUUUCUUAAGCAUGUUUUUUAAUCAUUUGGAAGGAGACAUUCCUUCAUCUGUCUUCAACAUUUCUUCUCUGGAAAUUGUGUACCUUGGUAACAACAUGCUUACUAGUAGCGUCCCCAUUUUCAACAGUUUAACCAGGCUUCAAAUAUUGUAUCUUGACAGCAACAACUUGAUAGGUGACAUGCCCAAAGAAAUUGGAUACCUCACCUCGUUGCAGCAUCUAAUACUUAAUAACAACAGCUUGACAGGUCACAUACCAAAGCAAAUUGGGAACCUUACUAUGCUGAAAACGUUAUUCAUUGAUUCCAACAAGUUGACAGGUGAACUACCUGAAGAGCUUGGUAAUCUCAAAAACAUCACACUUAUUCAAGCACAGAUAAAUGCUUUGAGAGGUUCCAUCCCACAUUCCAUAUUUAAUCUCUCUACAUUGAAGGUAUUAUCUCUUUCGUUCAAUCAUCUCUCCGGCCGUCUUCCUCCAAACAUAGGCCUCUCACUUGUCAAUCUCGAAGAGCUAUAUUUAUCUUCCAAUAGACUCACCGGAGAAAUCCCAACCACUAUCAGCAAUGCUUCCAUGCUUACUAGCUUGGAGUUGAAUAAUAACUCAUUCACUGGCUCCAUUCCCCACUUUGAUAACUUAAGGUCCCUCGAAGUCCUUCGACUUUGGGGAAACAAUCUAACGGGAGCUGACUCUCCGGAUCAAGAGCUCACAUUUCUCUCUUCGUUAACUAACUGCCCGUAUUUGGAGACCUUGGACAUAUCACAUAACCCGCGGAUAAAUGGUGUUCUCCCGCCUUCGGUUGGGAACUUAUCUGCCUCUCUCACCAGUUUUCAAGCAUUUAACUGCAGCAUCCGAGGAGUUAUUCCUUCUGCUUUUGGAAAUUUGAGCAAUUUACAAACUUUGGAUUUAUCUACGAAUAAUCUCACAGGAUUCAUCCCGGCAACAAUGGGGAAGUUGAAACAACUGGGGAUGUUACUCCUCUAUAAUAACCGGCUGGGAGGAUAUAUCCCUCGUGAUCUCUGUCGAAUGAGUAAAUUGAUCAACUUGGGCUUGUAUGCCAACAUGCUUGUAGGUUCGAUACCAGAAUGUUUGGGGGAUGUUAAAUCUCUAAGAAUGGUCGCAAUGAACUCGAACAAGCUGAGUUCCACUCUCCCUUCGGAAAUCUUUGGUCUUGCAGACCUCAUACUUUUGGACUUGUCUUCGAACAAUCUGAGUGGUCAACUUCCGUAUAUUGGAAGGUUGAAAGUUAUUUACACGUUAAAUUUAUCCUCUAACAAGUUUUCAGGCUCUAUUCCUGAAUCAAUUGGCGGAUGUGAGUCACUUGUAUACCUAGAUUUGUCGAACAAUACGUUUAAUGCUUCCAUCCCUCAGUCGGUGGGAGAGGCCAAAGGAUUGAAGGUAUUGGAUCUAUCCUAUAAUCACCUCUCUGGUUUGAUACCUGAAUCACUGGAAAAUCUCAAACUCAAGUUUUUAAAUGUGUCUUAUAAUAAAUUGGAAGGGUAUAUACCAGAUGAGGGUUGUUUUACCAUGUUUGAUGCUCAGUCAUUUCUCAACAACUUUGAGUUAUGUGGCUCGGAGAGAUAUCAAGUGCCAUCUUGUCCGAAAAAUCAUCCAAAAUCAAAGGUUGUUGCUGUUGUAAUGAAAUAUGUUGUUCCACCCUUUGUUGCAUUCUUAUUUGUGGUGGUUGGUUUACUCAUUCUGAUAAGGAGAUGGAGGCGGCCACGAGAAAAUCCACCUACUACAGAUAAUUCAUCAAAACUAGGGAGCUGGAAAUUAGUUUCGGAGAAAGAACUAGAGCAGGGAACAAGUUCGUUUAGUGAGACGAAUCUCCUUGGUAAAGGAAGCAUCGGUUCAGUAUUCAAAGCAACACUAGCAGAUGGGAGAGAUGUUGCGGUGAAAAAGUUCAACUUACAAGUAAAAGGAGCCGCCAGGAUCUUUGAAACUGAGAGCCAUAUACUGAGCACCAUUCGACAUAGAAACCUGGUGAAGAUACAUGGUUGUUGCAGUAACCCUGAAUUCAAAGCCUUGAUUCUUGCAUACAUGCCGAAUGGAAGCUUGGAGAAAUGGCUGCAUUCAGACAAGAAUUGUCUUGAUCUGGUGGAAAGACUACAAAUAGCAAUCGAUGUGGCGUUAGCUUUGGAAUAUCUUCAUCAUGACCAUAUAUACCCUGUCGCUCACUGUGAUAUAAAACCAAGCAAUGUGUUGCUCGAUGCAGAUAUGACUGCUCAUGUUGGGGAUUUUGGUAUCGCCAAGCUCUUUGACCACGACGAGGCUGCAGUUCACACUAUAGCUAUGGGAACUAUUGGAUAUGUAGCACCAGAGUUUGUAUCAGAAGGAAUGGUAUCCACAACGGGAGAUGUAUACAGUUAUGGGAUACUGUUGUUGGAGAUGUUCACAAGCAAGAAGCCGAUAGAUGAUAUGUUCAACGGCGAAAUGAGCAUAAAGGAGUGGGUGGGUAAAGCAUUAAACGGAAAUCAAAUAAGUGUAGUUGUGGCCUCUGUUUUGGUAUCAAUAGAAGAUGAACAUUCUUCUGCAAAGUUAGAAUGUGUGACAUCUGUUUUUGAAUUGGCAAUGAAAUGUGUGGCCUUUUUACCACACGAAAGAAUCAACAUGAAGCAAGUAGUAGCUGCUCUACAGAAGAUCAAAGCCAAGUUUACAGUCGAAGAUAUGCAGAAGAAGCAUCGCAGGUGAUAGAUCGUAUGCUACUUACUUUAGUUAAGCAAUAAUGUUUGGUAUGUCUUGCGUGUCGAGGUAUUUGGUGUGGCAAGUAUGGUUGUAUAGUGUGGAGGGAGUAGUUUGUUGAUUUUGUGUGCAUUUUCAGAUUACGAAUGUUUGUAGUGCGGAGAAGUAGUAGUAUUUAUUUUGUGUGUAUUUAUAGAUUGCGAAUGGUUAUAUUGUGGAGUAGUAGUAUGAUUUUGUUUGUAUUUAUAGAUUGUGAAUGGUUGUAGUGUGGAGAAGUAGUAUGUUUAUUUUGUGCGUAUU